CGUGAGCUGUUCUCAAAUGCCGACUCGCGUGGAAGUCCGGUGCCAAAAUUAUUGCGAUUUUUGGUCAGUUGUGAAAAACGGAGCGCAACUGUUCACUGUACGAUUCGGCAUCAUGGGCCUUGAACCCUAGCAUGCUUUAACCCUUCAAUGUUGACCUUUCACCCACAGGAAAAGAAAUACCUUUAUCUUCCGUAUCGAUUUUAAAUAGUUGGCUGUCAGGAGGAUGUAUGUUUUCAUACAGUGUCUUUGUCGUUCAUUUAUUGUUACUUUACCGCGACAUUAAGCUGUCUUUUAUCGCAAGGCCACCAAUAGUGCAUUUUCGAGCUAGCACCGGCUUGAUUGGUUAGCACAGGCCACAAAUUAACAUGUAGUUACUGACACUGUACAUAACAGAUUAAAUACCUAUAUUUUUAUAUUGGUUUAGUAAAAGUUAUUUCAAGCAAUGCAUGACUUAUUAGCUUUUGACAUAAUUUAAAAAUAUAAACAGAUGUCGGGCUGUAACUACAAGGACUGGAGAAAACUGGAGUAUGAAUAAUUAUUGGUUAUGUGUGCCUGUUUCAUGGGGCACUGAUGUGAACGGUGGUGGAGGAAGGUGUGUGCAAUAUCAGAAUGGAUGGACAGGCUCAAAGGAUUCAGCUUGUGUCUGCAGACAACAACAUGGCGUUAGGACACAGAAUCCAGAUUGUAACUGAUCAGCAGACUGGACAGAAGAUCCAGAUCGUCACAGCACUUGAGCCAUCUUCCCCUGGAAAGCAGCAGUUUAUCCUUGCAAAUGCUGAUUAUUCUUCUGGGGGGAAAGUAAUUCUGGCCAAGCAGGAAGGCUCACCCAACAAGGUCAUCCUCACUACUCCAGAUGGUUCUGGGGUUAAUCAGCUGCUGUUUGCCUCCCCCGAACUCACUGGGCAGCAGAUUCAGUUUGUGACUGAAAGCUCAGACCAGUCUAUUGUGAAGCCUGUUGUGGAGUACUGCGUUGUCUGUGGGGAUAAGGCCUCAGGACGUCAUUAUGGAGCCGUUAGCUGUGAAGGCUGUAAAGGCUUCUUCAAACGCAGCAUAAGGAAGAACCUGGUGUACACAUGCAGGGGCUCCGGAGAAUGUGCUAUUAACAAGCUACACCGAAAUCGCUGCCAGUACUGUCGACUGCAGCGCUGUAUAGCUCUGGGCAUGAAGCAGGACUCUGUUCAGUGUGAGAGAAAGCCUGUUGAAGUCACUGCGAGAGAAAAAUCCGUCAACUGUGCAGCCUCCACUGAAAAGAUCUACAUCCGCAAGAACUUGUGUAGCCCUCUGGCUGCUACACCUACUUUUGCAUCCGACAAGGAAACUGCUCGAUCUACAAGUUUGCUUGAGUCAAGCAUGUUGCUCAACAUUCAGCAACCCUUCUCCAAGCUGGAAAACACCAUCUUGAUUCCAGCUUCACCUGAAAAGCAGGAGGACCCAUGCCAGGGUGACCUUGGAACACUGGCAAAUGUAGUAACAUCCCUUGCCCACCUCAACAAGAGCAGAGAAGCGAGUGACAGCGGAAAUGAUCUGAUGGGAGCUGAAACACUUAGCAACGGUGACAGCUCAAUGACUGAUAUCCAGGGAGAUGAACAAACUGCAAGUGAUAUCUCGAGAGCUUUUGACACCCUGGCCAAAGUCCUGCACCCUGGUGAUGGCUCAGCAGGAGAGUCCUUGGAGGCUACAAUGCAGCUGAUAUCAGGGGACCAGUCGGGCCCUGUGGUGGAGCUGGAAGGACCUCUACUUUCUGACAGCCAUAUCCCUUUCAAGCUUAUGAUGCCUUUGCCUGUGCCAGAGUACCUCAAUGUCAACUACAUCUGUGAAUCGGCUUCACGGCUACUUUUUCUCUCUAUGCACUGGGCACGCUCCAUACCUGCCUUUCAAACCCUCGGCGGGCAAGACAAUGACAUUAACCUGAUGAAAGCCUGCUGGAAUGAACUUUUUGCCCUGGGUCUGGCACAGUGUUCAAAUGUAAUGAAUGUCGGCACCAUCUUAAGUGCUAUUAUCAACCAUCUCCAGACCAGCUUACAGGAAGAGAAGCUGUCCCCAGAGAGAGUGAAAAUAGUGAUGGAGCACAUUUGGAGGAUGCAGGAGUUCUGUAACAGCGUGUCCAAGCUUUCCCCCGACUCGUAUGAAUAUGCCUACCUCAAAGCUAUUGUACUCUUCAGCCCUGAUCAUCCGGGCAUAGAUAAUAUCCCACAGAUAGAGAGAUUCCAGGAAAAAGCCUACAUGGAGCUGCAGGACUAUGUAACCAGAACAUAUCCAGAAGACUCUUACAGGUUAUCCAAGCUGUUGCUGCGUCUCCCUGCCCUCAGGCUGAUAAGUGCAGCUGUCACCGAGGAGCUGUUUUUCGCUGGGCUCAUUGGCAACGUGCAGAUUGACAGCAUCAUCCCUUACAUCCUCAAAAUGGAGUCCACUGAUUAUAAUAGCCAGGCCGCCUCUGCUGUCUGACGCGCAGCUAUUUAUUAUAGCGACACGAGACUGAAGAUUCAGUGGCCGCCUAUUCACGUCACUGAAAGGUCAUAACAUAAUGACCCAGUUUAACUUGUGAAUUUUUUUUUUCACAUCUUAACUUUGUCCUUCAUCUGACCCCUUAGGAACCUGUCAGUAGAGCGCAGCUCACAAUUAGGACAAAUAAAAUCAACUCCCAAUUGCAAGGAAGCCUAUCUGUAUCUGCCUGUUCAGGAACAAACCCUUUGAAACUUGGAUGGUAGGCUUGGUGCGUGCUUUUUAUUGUACAUAAUAUUUUAUCCUUAAAAGACUCCAGGCCUUGUGUUUUUUUGUUUUGUUUUGUUUUUUGGCAAAUCUUGUUUGUACUUUUGACGACAUCAGUAUGGUUUGUUUUCAUACACAGCUUUUUUUAUAGUGGUAAUUAUUAAGUAAUUAAGAAAAAAAAAGUUGUCAUAAUGUGAACUGAAUUGUGAGAUCAAUUUAAAGUUAAAACUUUUAUUUUUCAUUUGUUUGCCAGUCCAAAGGAUUGGCAACAUCGCUUUUCAAAAAACGGACGUCAUCUGGAUCUGAAGUAUUUGUGUAUAUAGCUUUGUAUAUAGAAUUGACCAAGGCUAACGGGCAGCACUUGGUAGUUCGUGGGUUUCAUCUUUUUUUGGACAAAUUCACACGAACAGAAAAUGAUGGUCAUAUCAUUUGAAAAUAAAAACAUCUUUCAAACAUGAUUGUCAGCA